GGCGGCUGUGGUUUGAAUUCCAGCGGCGCCGCCAGAGUCCCAACAAGAGCUGGGUUGGAGGGGGGCGGGGACCUGGCGAUCCGGGCCGGUCGCGACAGCGGGGGAUCCAGGGGAGCCGCGGCCACAGAAACUAACGCCACCAUCUCCUUUGUGUCCACGAUGGACUCUGUAAUGGAAGAGGACGUCACCCUCCCGGGGACUCUCAGCGGCUGCAGUGGCCUUGUUCCCAACUUACCAGAUAGCCUGGAUGGCGCCGGCCCCCUUGCUGGUUUGGGAAAUGGUGCGCUCCCAAGUGUGUCAGAAGAUACAGUGUCUCCCACCAGAGCGCGGAACAUGAAGGACUUUGAAAACCAAAUCACUGAACUCAAGAAAGAAAACUUCAACCUAAAACUCCGCAUCUAUUUCCUCGAGGAAAGAAUGCAGCAGGAAUUCGAUUGCCCCACUGACCUCAUCUAUAAAACUAAUAUCGAGCUCAAGGUGGAGGUGGAGAGUCUGAAGCGGGAGCUCCAGGACAGAGAGAAGCUGCUCAUCAAAGCCUCCAAAGCCGUCGAGAGCCUCGCUGAAGGAGGAGGCUCUGAGAUCCAGCGGGUGAAAGAGGAUGCCCAGAAGAAGGUACAGCAGGUUGAAGAUGUACUGAACAGAAGAAUAAUCCUUUUAGAAGAGGAUGUGAAAGCCGCCCAAGCAGAACUGGAAAAGGCCUUUGCGGGGACAGAAACAGAGAUGGCUCGUCGGUUGAGCUUGGAGAACAAGCUCUCAGAGAUGAAGAGGAGGCACGAGCAGGGCCCGGGGAUGGCUGUGGUCCUGGGAGAGAAGGACAGACUGAUUGAGGAGCUGAAGCUAUCUUUGAAGAGCAAAGAAGCUUUAAUUCAGUGCCUUCAAGAGGGGAAAUCUCAGAUGGCGUCUCCUGAUGAGAACGUGUCACCUGGAGAGCUCCGAGGACUUUCUGCUGCUCAGAGGGAAGAAAAGGAGAGAGAAGCUGAGGUCGCACAUGAGGAGUGCCAGAAGGAGAGAAAUCGCUUUGAAGAGAGGAUCCAGGCCCUUCAGGAGGACCUGAGAGAGAAGGAAAGAGAAAUUGCUACAGAAAAGAAAAAUAGCUUAAAGAGGGAUAAAGCUAUUCAGGGUCUAACCAUGGCAUUAAAGUCAAAGGAAAAAGAGGUGGGAGAACUUAACUCUGAAGUCAAAGAGCUCCAUGCUGCCUUUGCUAAAGCCAGAGAGGCCCCGGAGAAAGCACAGGCCCAGAAAUUCCAGGGGUCUGAAGAUUAUGAAGCUGCUCUGUUAGAAAAGGCAAACCUUCUGGCUGAGCUGCGCUCAGAAAACUUCACCAAGAAUGCGGAAAACCACAAGCUGCGGAGGCAUGUGAAGAAGGUCACCCAGGAGCUGAGCGACUUGCAGCAGGAGAGGGAGAGACUGGGGAAGGACCUGGAGGCGGCCCUGGGAGAGAAGCGCCAAGCAGACGGCCUUGUCCACGACCUUCAACGUGAAGUUGAGAAAUUACGCAACGAAGUGAAUGAACGAGAGAAGGCAGUGGAGCAUCAUUACAGGAGCCUUUUGAGUGAAAGUAACAAAAAACUGCAAGGCCAAGAAGAGCUGAUCAGGCGCCUGACGGAAAGUGCUAGUCAGGCGGACUUGUUGCCUCAGAAAUUCAAUGAAAAAGCAUUGGAAGCAAUACAGCAGAACAGUUAUUUAACUACUGCACAGGAUCUGGGGUUCAGGAGUGAAGACUUAAUAACGGAAAAGUGCUCCUCUCAACAGUCACCAGGCAGCAAAAUCAUCUUCUCUGAGGCAAAGCAACAAUUAGACUAUGAAGCGCUGACUCAGGUCUUGAAGAAGGAACAUGACAUCUAUGCCCACCUGGUAAAAUCUCUGCAGGACUCAGACAGUGUCAACAACCUGCAGGCUGAGCUGAGCAACAUUUUGGCGCUUCGGAGGCAACUGGAGCAGGAUGUUCUCUCCUACCGGAAUUUGAAAAAGACCCUCGAGGAGCAGAUCAGCGAGAUUCAGAGGCGGGAAGAAGAGCCAUUUUCAUUUUAUAGUGAUCAAACGUCUUAUCUGAGUAUUUGCCUUGGAGAGCACGAUCGGUUUCCAGUGGAACAUUUUUCUCAAGAAGAACUGAAGAAAAAGGUCAGUGACCUUAUCCACGUGGUAAAGGAACUGUAUGCAGACAACCAGCACCUGAAGAAGACCAUAUUUGAUCUCUCUUGCAUGGGUUUCCAAGGAGAUGACAGACUUGGGUCUGCAGAAAAAUCAGAGCUUCUGGCUAGCAAGGAGGAAAAGGACACGAUCCGAAUUGGAGAAGACAAUGAGAAUAAAUUCCUGAGUGACCGGCCUUUGGAGCAGAGUGACAAGAUGAUGGAGGACCGAUCCAAAGCGGGCUGCAAGAACGGAUAUUUAAGGCACACGGAUUCCAGUGUUCUAGAGCACGAGGCAGCCCCCACGCCUGGCUGCCCUGGAGACCAGAGUCGAGAAGAGGGCGAGCUCCUCAGUAUGCUUUCCCCUUUCUUCAACGAGAAGGUCGCAGUGUUACUGGAAUCCAGGCCAGACAUUCUGAAAGCGCUGCGUGAACUGCUUCUGGAACAACUACGCUUGAUAGAGCAGAAAGUUUCCGGAGAACCACUCGAGGGUAAAGAUGAAGAGUCAGUGGUGGUUGAGCUAAGAGGUAAACUGAGACCUUCCCUCCAUGCGAGCUCAUUUUCUGAGCCACAUGAAGAACUGAAGUUGCCUUGGGGAGACCAGCUACUCAAGGCUGGCGAGGCAUCCUGGGUGGAGCUGAAGGAUGCCUCAGUACAGACUGCGGCCAUGGAGGGCGACACACUCCCCUUCAAACCCGCGGGCCACGGUGAGGCUCGGGAGGAGAAAGCCCCGGACACUGCGGUCAGCGCCGAGCAUCAGCCAGAGACCUCGCUCAGGAUGCCGGGGCGGCCGACGGAUGCCUUUCCCUGCUGCCCCCGCGCGUCCAACAGAGACGCAAAGAAGUCCCGCUUGCCCAUCCUUUUAAAACCAUCCCGGUCGUUGAGAAGCGUGACUCAGCUCCCUGCCACGCAGACGGUGGUGGCCCAGCUGCAGGGCCACAUCUUGGAGCUGCAGGAGGAGCUCGCGGAGUUUCAAAUCCGCAAUAAGCAACUUCACCAAAAGCUAGUUCUGGCCGAAGCAGCGAUGGAGGGGAGGCCAGCGCCAGACAACGUGCUCCUGAAUGCCCAGCCCCUCGUGGGAGCAGCCUGCCAGGAUAUCGCGGGAGAGCAGAAAGGGGGUGAAGCCGCGCCUCACGUCUGGAGAGACAGGGAAGGGGACAGUGAGCGGCAGACAAGCCCCGAGACGGACUAUGAAACUUACCAGCUUGAUGACCCUACCACCUCAGCCACAUGUAAAGAGAGCCCCUCUGAAGAUUUCCCAGGCCCAGUUUCCGUCACCACUUUAUGUUCGAAGAGUCAGCUUCCCAGUAAAGCUAGUGAAAUUGAGACUGGUCAGCUUGAGAACAUCGAUACCUCAAAUGAUACAGAAAACCUAAAACAGAAAGUCUGUGACUUGGAAAGGGAGCUGGAGGGCUACCGGAAUUUCCUCUUUCAGCUUCAAAAGCACUCCCAGUGCAGCGAGGCCGUCAUCACAGUACUGUGUGGGACAGAAGGGGCCCAGGAUGGCGUGAACAAACCCACGGGCAGGACUGACGAGGAAGAAAUGACCUUCUCAAGUCUGCACCAAGUACGUUAUGUGAAACACGUGAAAAUCCUCCACCCGCUGGCCCCAGAGGUGAUUGAGGACAGGACGCUGGAGAACCUUAAGCAGCAGCUGGUGGAGCAGAAGUGUGAGCUGCAGAAGGAGCAGAAUCUGAACAUGGAGCUUUUCAGUGAAAUCCAUAACCUGCAGAAUAAGUUCAGAGGUCUCUCACCCUCAAGAUACGAUUCAUUAGUCCAGUCCCAGGCCAGGGAGCUCUCCCUUCAGCGACGGCAGAUUAAGGACAGCCACGGCCUGUGCGUCAGUUACCGUCAGCAUGUGAACACCAUGGUGAAGGCAUUCGAGGAGCUGCUGCAGGCUAGCGACGUGGAUCACUGCGUGGCCGAGGGUUUCCAGGAGCAGCUGCACCAGUGUUCGCAGCUGCUGGAGAAACUGGAGAAGCUCUUCCUCAGUGGAAAAUCAGGUGAAGUGGAAAUGAGCACCCAGAAUGAUCUGGUAGACCGGAAUGAGGAAGACAAGUUAACCUACCAGUAUAUUCUACCUGAAUCUCCUGGGCCUUCCACCUCACACGCAUUGUCUGAUUUUGACUUGUCCGAAAAGUCGUUCUUCUCACGAGACCAGAAGCCAGACAGUGAGACGGAGAAGACUUCAGUGGUGGCCAACGCAUUUUCUCAAGACUUACUAAUGGAACAUUUACAAGAAAUUCGAAGUUUGAAAAAACGGUUAGAAGAAUCUAUUAAAGCAAAUGAGAAGCUCCGGAGACAGCUGGAACGGCAAGGUUCUGAAUUUGAUCAAGGGUCUACAAACAUCUUUGCUUAUGGCUCAGAACUGCAUAACUCUCUGACAUCAGAAAUUCAUUUCUUGAGGAAGCAGAACCAGGCCCUCAAUACAAUGCUCGCUAAAGGAUCCAGAGAUAAACAGAGGGAGAAUGAAAAAUUGCGGGAGUCUCUCUCCAGGAAGACGGCGAAUCUCGAGCAUCUUCAGCGGGAAUAUGCGUGUGUGAGGGGAGAAAAUGAACGGUUGCAGAGGGAAGCGAGUGAGAAGGAGAAGCACAACCAGCAGCUGCGCAGCGAGGUCUGCCACAGCCGUGGCCAGCUGAGCAGGGUGCAGGAGGAGCUGAAGUCAAGGGAACAGCUGCUGUCACAGAACGACAAGCUACUCCAGUCCCUGCGCGUGGAGCUGAAGGUGCACGAGAGGCUGCAGGAGGAGCGGAGGAGAGCGCGGGAGGCCGGAGCCGAGGUGUCGGGAGAAGGCUGCCGGCCGCAGGAGCCUUCCAGUGACCUGCACGACCUCCUCACGGAGAUCCAGGCGCUGCGGACACAGCUGGAAAGGAGCAUCAAGACCAACAGCACGCUGCAGAGCAGGCUGGAGGAGCAGCUGGCACAGAGGGGCCAGGAGGCUCCGGAAGUAGUGCCCACCCCGGCCCUCCAAGCCCUGACCGCGUCCGAGCGGCCCCUUCGGCUAGAACCGCACGGUAGUGACAGCUGUUCCAUGGCAGUUGGUAGUUCCUGUGAUCUGUUCGACUCCACCCUGGCAAUGCCACCGAGAUCAGCUUCAGAGUCUCCUCAGCUCUCUGGAAAUGAUGUGGACUCCCUCUCCUGUGACAGUGGCAGUUCAGCCGUCGGCACCCUAUGCAAGUCCCACGUGGCUCCUGCCCACCACCUGUGGGCCAGCUCAAGUGGCCACCACAUUCUGGGCCUGAUUGAGGACUAUGAUGCUCUGUGCAAGCAGAUCGGCCAGGGCCAGAGGCUCCUUGCUGAAAUGGCCACUCAGUUCCAGGAGGCUCCCAGCCAUGUCAGUCCAGAGCUGGAUACAAAGGGCCCACACUCGAUGCCCCUGAGCAGGCUUGUCACCAAUGUGAGCACCGUCAAGCUGAUCCUGGAAGAGGCCGCGAGGUUGCUGACACUGCUCUGGAGGGCCUCCCUCCCCACGGACGGCCAGUGCACGCAUAACUGUGAACAGACUGGGGAAAUGAAGGCAGAAAUCACCAAGCUGCACAAAAAAUUGUGUGAACAGGAAGAGAAGUUGCAGAACACUGUGAGGCUCUUGCAUCUGAGCAAGCACCAGGAAAAAGUCAUCUUCGAUCAGCUGGUUGUAACCCACAAGAUCCUCCGCAAGGCCAGAGGAAACCUGGAGCUCAGGCCCGGGGGCGCCCAUGCCGGAACACCCAGUCCCAGCAGACCAGGCUCCUGGGAGAGCUGCCGCCAAUAAAGCUUGUGGUGCCCCCGCCGGGCUGACUCUUGUCAUGUGGCCCCACGUGCUGGGAGCAAAGGUUACCCCAGGCCGUGCCCCUCAGU